AAGCAUUAUACAGGAAUCAGCCAGCAUGACACUAGUGGCCAUCAGAGGCGCCGGCAGGAUUCUAUUUCUUACUGCGCAGAGAAUCGCCUGAACAGUAGGAAUGGAUGAUAAUGGACCAGAUGAGGCCUUUGCUGAGCUCAAGACAAGGGAUAUUGGAGGAUGGGGUGUUGCCCAGAUAGCUGCUGGCAGUGGCCUUGCUGUAUAUGCUAUGUGGGCGGGAAUCCUCCAGCCAGGCUUCCGAAAAGUCCCCUUGAGGCUACAGGUCCCAUACAUUGCUGCCAGCAAAGCUCAAGUAGAUCAUGUAAUGACAUUGCUGAAAGGUCGAAAGGGAGGCCUUGUAGAUUUGGGAUCUGGUGAUGGUCGCAUUGUCUUGGAAGCCCAUCGGCUGGGUUUCACUCCAGCAGUUGGUUAUGAGCUCAACCCUUGGCUUGUUCUCAUGGCCCGCUUUCAUGCGUGGAGAGCAGGCCAUCAUGAAAAAGUGUCGUACCGACGUGAAGAUCUCUGGAAGGUCGACUUGACAGAAUGCAAGAAUGUCACAGUGUUUUUGGCUCCAAGCGUGCUUUCAUUAUUGCAGCAGAAAUUGGAGGCUGAGCUUCCUGAUGAUGCCUUAAUGGUAGCUGGUCGUUUUCCCUUCCCUGACUGGACACCCUGCAGGAUUGAGGGACAUGGUGUGGACAGAGCCUGGGCAUAUAGCAUGCAAGCACAAAGACGGAACACCUUCAAGAAAAAUGACAGACAGCCCACAGGUAUCAACCUCAACCAGGAUCUAACCGAGGACAAAGGAUCAACUUAAAGCAACAUGAAUGAUUGGAUAGAUGUAAUAUUUGAUUUUUUAUUAGCAAAGUUUAAACCAGAAAUUCUUGAGGUUUUCUGUUAUAUUCACAAAUGGAACACCAUACCUUUGCCUUAAGAAAACUGUAGAUAUUUUAGGGAUUUACCUGCCUGGGUGGAGCAAGCUGCACAUAUAUAUUUUUUUGCUCUGUUCAGUAUGCCAGAGAUGUUCCAAUACCAUUUUUUUUAUUCCGGAUUCCAAUACCUGACCUUCCGUUUUGACUUAUACUGAGCCCAGAUCCGAUACCAGUGCGUAUGGAUGUAAUAUUAUGGCUAUCAAUGUUGUAUGUCCUGGCUCAGAUUCAACCACCUUUUAAACAUUAACAGAUACAUGCAGAAAAUGAAUGUCACAGAACUCUGCUUUUAUCUAGUUUGAAAGUAGGUCAUACAGUAAAAACAACAUAAAUAUGCUAGUUUAGAGUAGAGGGUGCAGUUAGUUUUCUACAGGUAUGUUGAAGUAAAAAUGGUAAUGCUUUGUGUGAUGGCCAAAGGCCUUUAGUGCUGUGGAAAUGUCUUUGUCUCAGCAAGUUUGGAAUGUGGCUGUUUAGCCUAUGAAGUGGUUUAGCGUGUUUUCCCCCAAUCUCACAGAUUGUUAACACUUGUUUUAUGGGGUUAUAAUAGUAUAUAAAAGAAAGCCUAUAUGCUGUAU